UUUAGAAAGAAAUGUUUGCCAUGUUUCAAAUUUUUUUUCAGUGUCUCUUUUCCUUCAGUAUUCUUCCCAAACACGUUUCUUCAAAAGGCAAACGUUUCCACCACAGGGGAAUUUAUGUUAAUGAUUUGUUGAAAUGUAGUGUUUUUGAGUAAUAUGGUUUAAUAAAUGAAUAUGAGAGCUCACAAAUGCUUUCUUCCUUUUCCAUUAGAUCAUAGAGUGUGCCAACAGACUGAAGAACUUUUAAUAGUUUUAUUUCAUUUUUUGAUUGAAAAUGGGGCUUUAGGAAAAACAAUUGUGCAAAUGUUAAUUCUGUCUUUCUCCAUCAGCGAUUGCUGCGUUUUAGGCAAGUACUGUGUAGUUUCCUAGAGGAAAAGAUGAAAAUUCAUUUUAAAUGUUUAUUUUGCGUGUGGUUUGUUACAUCCUUGUUACCAAGAGAUGAUUAAAUAUUUGACCACCCAUUAGUGUUCUUCUGUAAUGUAAAGUCAUAUUGUGAACUGGUUAUUUCAUCAGUAAACUUUUAGGGUUUGGGGGUGCGACAGAGAAAUCUUAUGCAUGAGUUGCAUGGCAGAGUGGGUCUUGAUACUGCAAACAUUUACAGAGGGAGGCAGCUCAUGUGCAUGUAUCAACUGCAGUAAAUACUUGAAUGUACAAGGUUAAGCAGUUAAAGCUGUGCAGAGUUGGAGUCAUCUGAAUUAGGUCAGUAGUGGAAAUUAUCUUGGAUUUAUCGUGAGCCUUGCAAACAUGGAUCUGCAUUUCAGAAAACCAGCAUACACUUCCACUGUAGUUCCUGGAAGGUUCUGAACAACAGAACCAAGGUCGAGACUGAGAUCUUUACACAGUCCCAAAUGGCAGGGACAGUCUCCUGAAGGCAAAUCAUUGGUUUUAGACUUUAUUAGACCCUUACUUUAAUUACCACCUCAUUACUUGCUCUGCUUCCGCAAAAAGUAUUCCAUACUGUCGUUUUCCCUAAGUAACUGGAAAUGUGAUUGAAAGGGAUGUUUAAAGUGAGACUAAUUCAAGAUUAAAUAGUCACAAAUUAUAUUAUUGCUACAUGUAAACAAAUUACUUGCAUAUCUGAUUUUAUUCAGAUUACUUUUCAAGUGGUAAAUAAUGCUUUAUCACUUAUAUAGUGCUCUUACAUCUUUAGAGUGCUUUUCUCACAUUAAUUAAUCAUCAUUAAACACUCUGAGGUGGGUAGGUUAAUACUAUUAUCCCCAUUUUGCAGAUGAAGAAAUGUAGACUGAGAGGUUGUGAUUUGCUCAAGGCCAUAUAGAAGAAAUAGAAUCAGAGCUGGGAUUAGAUCUAUGUCCCUAGCUUCUAAUUUCAGAAGACCAGCCAGAUUGUGAGCCGCAGUUUUGAAGGAAAAUAUACAAGUAUGCAUGUAGAAACAGCACACUUUUGCUUGGCCUCUUAGAUGCCUAACUUGCCAUUUGUUUCAACAGAAACUUUGCUUUUGUGCCAUGCUGGGUAUUUCCACGUUCAUACCCCCAAGUGUGGAAAUGGCUUCUCAUUCAUUUAGGAAUUUCUAUUUUCAUCAUUUUCAUUGAAAUUAACUUUCACCUGAAAAAUACCAGUUUCUAGUUCUUUAGGCUUAGAUACAGCAGGUUUAUCGCUGGUACCCGAAACUGUCGACAGAUGAUACCAGUACCAGCUCUGUUGCUUAUAAUUUUUCAUGAGCUGAGACGUAAAUAAAAUUCUGACUUGGCAGCUUGCCUUAUUGCUGUUCAGAACAGACGAGAGAGAGGAGAAUUGCCCUCAGUGUGCUAAACCCAUCACCUUUGUAGGCAGUGCCUGGCUGCUUAGUAGAGAGAGACAUUCACAUGCAUGUACUCCACCUUAGAGAACUACCUAAUGAAACAAAAUAGUCUUGGGCUGGAGAGGAGAGCAGAACUGUUUGUGCACCACCUUGAUAAUCAGAAGCACCACAGAGAAUUAGGCUCAGCUGUUAGUAAUGGGCACAUGCAGAAGCCACAGGGAAAGAAAAAUGAGGUGGAAGAAAGAGGUGCCCUUGCACGUAAAGGUGAGGACCUGCUGGGGAAAGGUGGGGUAAUGGGGAAGAGGUUAGAGACCCAUGGGCACGUACAGGUAAGAAUGAGCUUGGGGCUACAGCAUGGUUCUUGCCCGUCCUCAUUCCCAGGAAAAUGUUGCAAGUCAUUGUAGUGCCUGGCUGCUGAGUUAGGAGGUCUGGCUUCUAUUUCUUAGCCCUAUUCCUGACCUGUGUUAGUGGUUAAGUUACUCUGCCUGUAAAAUCAGUGUGGUGCUUUUCCAAAGUGCUGUAUGCUUUUAUUCAUGGAAAAGUUCUUCAGAUCUUCAGAUGGAAGAUCCUGGAGAAGGCAGAAUACAAAUAGGUAGACUGGAAAGAAAGUCUUGAAGAUAAAAGGAAUUUUCUGCUUUCAGAUAUCUGACGAAGUCUUUGGCUGUGUGAUAGGAGGCGUUUGGGGGUGAUUGGGAGUCACUAGCCUGCACGCUGCCCUGUGUUGAGAUUGGCACGGUGGCACUGGGGGACACCUGGGAAGUGGUCACGGGUCUAAAGCUGAUCCUUCAGCUCUGCUGUGACUCUGCUUGUGAAACCUAGGAACAAGACGUUCCCUAAAAGCAGCUACGUACCCUUCCCUUUAAAUAGCUCAAACUAGUAGUAAUGAGAGCAGAGCCAACAUGUAAUCUGCUUUAAUGGUUUGGUUUUUAAUCCAGAAGGAAUUGUGCUUUGGGUUGCAGGCGCACAGAAGUGUGCUCUUGUGGGGCUGUCCCGGAUGGCUGCUUGUGGAGCUCCCAGGUAUGGCUCUGUCCUGUCAGGCGCUUGAGAAGCACUAAAUUUUAACAAGUUGCUGUUGGAGGAAAGGAAGGAAACAAAGUAUUUGCUCAUUUGUUUUCUUUUAAGACUAUGGAAUGUGUUUUCUGACAGUGGAUCCUGUUUUAAUAACCAGACCCAUGAUUAGGUAAUGUUAACUUUGCUGCAAGAGUAGUUUAAUAAAUAUUUUAGUAUGCAGAUAAGCCAUUGAUAACUGCAUGCAUUCACAAACUCAUACAUUUUUAUGCCUAAAAGUGGAGAAUUCAGAGUUUAUUGAUACCACUUCCACUACAACGUCUUAAAAGUAAUGCAUAGUUGGUGGCACUAGGUGUCCAGACAAAUUGAACUCAAAUGAACAAACAAACAGGUCAUUUAUUUUAUUUACCCUGAAAGGAAUUUUCAUUCUUUAAUUGUAACUCUAGAUAUAAAUUAUGUGUGGAAGAUAGACUAAUGAUUUUCCCGUGUUUGAUUAAAGGCAAAGAAUCAAAGAUUUGUUUAUAUAUUUAUCUAUUUGUUUCUUUGCUGUGAUAAAACCAGUUGUUAUCCAAACAGUGUGACUGACCUAAUAAAGGACAUAUGCAUAAUUGAUCUCCAUCUGUUUUUCAAUAUUUAUUCUCUCUCUAUUUUUUAAUAGAGUUCAGUUCCAGAAGUGCAGCCUGAAACAUUUUAAGGUGGUAUAUUUUAGCACUUCUGUAAACGGUCUCAUUUUAUGCUGGCCACUGAAACGAAAAGGUUUGUUGUUGGUUCCACCCUUUAGUAUCCCUUCAAGAGAGAUUAUAUCAAAGAAGAAGAAUUAAAUUAAAAUUGAUUGGUGCUAUUGAUUUUUCUUUUCUUUUUUUUUUAAAGGGGAUAAAGGGCGAUGGAAACAGCAUAUGCCCCUGUGCUGUUUUACUGAUGGACUAUUUUUUAAAAACAUAAAAAGCAUAUGUGCCCAAUUUACAUAUUUACUAAUUAAAAAAGCUUCCUGGAAACAUUAAGUAGACUAUCUUCUGUAACCUUUAACAUUGUAGCUAAUGGAUAUGGCCUAGAAAUUUUCAUAGAAGGUCCUCUAAAUAAUGUAAAUGAUUAUGAAUAUGUAACUAGUUAAUAUGCAGCUACGAAAGGAUUAUCAUGUAGAGGUUAAUGAACAUGCUGCUCUUAUGGUUUGCAGGGCUUUUCUUUUUGUGCUUUUUGCUCACUUCAUGCAUGGAAAGUCAUGUGUUGGGAAUGGAAAGCUUCCUGCCUUUUCCAUCUUCAUCUGUAAUGGGGCAAUUAAACUGGAACUUUCUUAAAGGAUUUAAUAAACAUUUUUGUAUGCUUAAUUAUGUUGUGUACUUCACAAUCACUACCAAAUCUGAAAGAAUGAAGGGUGUUGAUAGAAAAGGCUCUGACUCUUCUACUUGUUAGUGGUGGUCUCCAUUGUGUGUUAGCAUUGUUACCGAAAAACUCUGUGAUUUAUACCUUUUAUGGAAACUUUACUCUUAAAAUGUACUUAAAAUUAAUAGUAUGAAUUACAUUUCUGAGUUGAUGUCCUACAGAAGUCUGUACGUUUAUUCUUAACCUUAAAAGUAGUUAGCUUGCACGUGGAGGACAGUACUUGCUAGGCAUUUGAUUUAUAGGUCUUUGAAGCAAAAGAUAAAUUUAAACUUGGCUUACAUGGGACGAGUUACCUGGCUGAGUUUCCUGAUGGAUUAUGAAAUAGCAUAACCACAAAUGUAGAGGUGAUCCUUUUCAUUUAAGUACUUUACUCUGUUUAAAGAAUUAUUAGCUCACAAAGUAGUCCCAUUUUUUUUACCCCUGUAUGAGUAGAAUAUGCAGGGUCUGAGAUCUAUUCUGCAAUAGGUGCACAUAUGCUAACUGAAAAAAAAUUGUCUUUCAUUCUGUUGUUUGGGGAAAAAAAAAGAAUUAUCUGCUCCAGUGAUUUCAGUGGUACUUGAAUGUAUGUUAUUGUUUUCUCUGCAAAUUUUCUCAUUAAUUGCUUUCAAAUGUUAGCAUUAUUUUGGCUAUAGGAAAAACAAAAUUUGUAAAAAAAAAAAAAAAAAAAAAAUCUAGAAAAUGCUUAUAUUGAGAAGAUGUCUAGACAUAUUUAAUUGCCUCAUGGCUUCAUUGCAUUUCAUAUAAUUGAAUGAAACUGUUUGUGUUAUAUUUUUGGUAACCAUUAUUCAGAGAUCAGAAUAUGUUUUGAAAGACAAAAUCUCCAUGUAAUUAUGGCAGAGAAGGUCACAGGUUUCAGCAUCUUGUCUGUUUGCUAUAUCUACGUAGUCUAAAAAUACAGUUAAAGAAAAAAGUCUUUCAUUUUAACAAUGUGCUUUAUUUUGUAAAUCAUUUUGGAUCUCUUGGGAAAGCCUGUGGCACAAAGGAAUAAGUGGAAUACUCAGAUUAAAACUUCCUCUUUUUUUGACACCCAGAAAGAACAGAAGCGAAGCCAGCAGCCCAUAAUGGAGUCAAAUAUCCUUGUAUUUAAACACCACAAAAUUAAUUUGUGCUUUUUCAGAUUAAAACAGCCAGUGGAAACAUUUCUUGAUGUACCGAUACAGGAAAAAAUGUUUUUGGUGCUGUGGGGUUCAUUUGUUUUUGUUUUUUAAUGAAUGAGUAUGGAAGUUACAUCGAUGUCUUGUUAUAAUUUAUGUUGUUUUCUUAUUCUGCAAACAUGUAACAUUGAAAAUAGAUCUCCAGAUUGCAGAAACUACUACUUAUCUUAUAUCAUGUGUCACCUAAUAGUUAUGGAGCAGGUAUUGUACCAAAAUAUGAAUUGAAAAGCUGUAAUUUUUUCUGUGGUUAUCAGUCUGCAUUAGUGUGUGAUAAAGUGUGCUGCUUAAGAACUACCAUUCACAUACCUUUGCACUGACAAAUAAAAAUGUAUAUAGAGACACCACCAAAUCUGUAAAGCUACUGUUCUAGUUUCUGAUGCAUUGACAUUGUAGCUGUGUGCUUAGCCUUGUUUUUUCAUGAGUAGUUAUCUGUUUUAAUGACAGGUGGUCACUAGCUGCCAAGAAAAAAUCCAGCACUGGGACGUGUUCAAAGCCAGAGCCCCAGUAUUCAUCCUCCCUGUUUGCUUUGGUUCGUCAUUGCCUAUGGGGACUGAGUUUAGUGCCCUCACACCCUGGAGCUCGUGUGACCAUCGGCUCUCAGUGAAGAGGGAGGUCAGCCUUCCUUCCUUAAGUAUGCCUGUUUCAGGCCAAUUAAUUGAAAGGAUUGAUUUUAAUUUUCUUUAUCUCGAUGGUCCAGUUCAGGAUGUGGCCGCACUUCUAGAGAUUCCCAUGGUGGAGGUUUGAUCAGCAGAGGGAAGUAAGUCUCACUGAAAAAAGAAACAUAGUUUGCUCUGUAAAGCAAAAUAGCUUUUGUAGCAAGUGAUUUCUGCUGUACCCUAAUCAGAUUAUUCAGUAACGGGCAGCAGUCAGACCUUAAAGGCAGUAUCUGCUUUUCAGAUUAAUGAAGAAAUGUUGAGUGACUUUCAGCCAUGAAAUGAUGGGAACGUUUAAUCCGGCUGUGCAAGUGGGGGGAUUUUCAUACCAUUCUAUUCCCAUGGAGUCUUCUCUUUGCAUUUGAGACAUGGGCAAGGCCUUCAGGUUGGGGGCUGUACGUGUUUUUCAGCAAGUAGUUGGAUUGUUAUUGUUGACACCAAGUUGUCAUUAUGUUGCUUUCCCCCCCAAAACAUCUCAGUGAAUUUUGUUAAGAUUCAUGAGUUUGUCCUUCCUCUUUGAAGGAAGUGAAUUAUGUUUUCACUUUGAUGUGGGCAAUGGACAGAGAAACUUGCCCAAAAUGUCUGGGAGAAAUCUGCUGUCAAACCAAAGCAGCAGCAAGCAUCUUAUGUAAAUACGGAAUACGGUUUUAAUGUCCAAGUGGCAUAAAAACCCACAUUCCUUUUUUCAGGACCAGUUCAGCAAAUAUUUAAAAUAUGAAGUAUGCCAGGUAUAAAGUAGGGUGAUUACAGCGAAGUUCAACUAUGGAAGCAAAUGAGUCAAAGCAUAGUGAGUACCAGGUAAUUUUUCAUAACGAAUGCUGAAGAAGAUUUCACUCUGCUUAUGAAUCUAAGAAAAUCAAUGAUAAUAUUUUGAGAGUUGUGUUACCAACUAUGACGUUCAUUUUUCAGCACAUUUAUAGAUUGCUUUCCUGAAUCAUCCUCAGAAAACCCGUAAUUUGCAUCUUGGGUCAACGUUGUUAAGUGCGCUGCUCCAUGCUCUCAGUUGCCUUUUAUUGCAGAAUUUACUACCAUAUAUAUGUUUACUGUUUUGAAGUACAAGUAAACAAUAUCAUCAAACCUGAUGUUUAUAUGCCAGCUACUUCAUGCAGGAGCUGAUUUCUGACCAUCUUCAGAAUGACAGUGGUCCAUUAGAAGACUUUUUCCAGCUGAAUUUAGGAAGAAGGUGGAGAGCGACUAUGAGGCUCUUCAGGAACGACUCCGUACAUUGCCUGAUAAACUGUCCUACGAUAUCAUGGUACCUUUUGGUCCUCUUGCCUUCAUGCCAGGAAAACUUGUCCACACCAAUGAGGUUACUGUUCUGCUUGGGGACAACUGGUUUUCAAAAUGCUCAGCAAAGCAGGCUGUUGCGCUGGUUGAGCACAGAAAAAAACGUAUAUGUAAGGAAAGCACUGGAUGAUUUGCAAAAAGUCAUGAAGAAUUUUGAAUCACGAGUUGAAUUCACAGAAGAUUUGCAGAAAAUGAGUGAUGCUGCAGGUGAUUUUGUUGACAUAAGAGAAGAAAUUGAAGAUGAUAGCAUUGAAACAAAAGGAAAAUACCGCACUGCUCACAAACCUCAUUCAAAGCCAAAAGUAUCAAACGUUUUUGAGGUAGAUUUUCCAGCAAAUGGAAGUGAUACAAAAUCAAUGGGCCGUUUUCAGUCAGAGGAGGAACUGUGGGCCCGCUUGGAAGAGCUUGAGAGACAAGAAGAGAUACUUGGUGAACUCGACAGGAUGCCUGAUACAGUUGAGACAAAUGGAGAAGAUACAACCUCCUCUGAAGAGGAGAAGGAAGAUAAGAGGACGGAUCUGAACGGGACGUAUAGAGCAGAAGACUCUAUUACUCAGGGCAACUUCCAUAAAGAAGUAACAAAUUCAGACUUCUUUGGUGGCCAAGUUAAUGGCUCUACUUAUUAUCACAGUGAUGAUGAAGAUGACAUAGAUGUUGGAGAUAACUCUGUUCCAACUAUUUUUUUCUCUCACACUGUUGAACCUAAAAGGGUAAGAAUAAACACAGGAAAAAAUACUACUUUGAAAUUCAGUGAAAAGAAAGAAGAGGCCAAGCGUAAAAGGAAGAACAGCAAUGGCAACGGCCAUGCAACUCCAGAACUGCCUAACAUCAAAACCCCAGCAGACAUUUACCGAGUCUUUGUUGAUGUUGUGAAUGGAGAAUAUGUCCCUCGUAAAUCAAUUUUGAAGUCUCGAAGCAGAGAGAACAGUGUUUGUAGCGAUACCAGUGAGAACAGUGCUGCUGAGUUUGAUGACAGACGAGGAGUUCAGAGGAGCAUUAGCUGUGAUGAAGCUACUCAGAGUGACAACAGUGAAGGCAUACUGGAGGAAGAGGAGGAGGGGCAGCAGCAGUUACCGAAAAAGCUUCCUCCCUCUUCAGGGACAAGCGAGGCAUUUUCUGGAACUGUUAUAGAAAAGGAGCCUUUGUCUCCCUCCUUAAUACCACACCCAGUCGUUGCUCACCCAGUCUUGCCUACCAUUCUGGAGCGAAAAUCGGAGGAAGUUUUGUCUGAAGCAUCAGAGGAAACUACAAAGAGGAUUUCAAAAUUCAAAGCUGCCAGAAUGCAACAGACUAACUAGGUCCUGCCUAGCCAGCCGAAGUCAGAGUGCUCACGCCUAGUUUCACAUCCGUUGAAGUUACGUAAAGCUGUUACACGUUACACCUAGCUAGUUAAAAGGGUGUCCUAUGUUAAUUUGGCAUUGGUUAUCUUUUAAAUGUUUAUUGGCAACAUUAAAAAAAAAAAAGUUCAGUGUUUGAACACUUGAGUAUUCAUCUUAUUUUGUCGAUUUCCCUGUGUGCUGUCAGCACCUUUGUAUAUGUUUGCCUUACGAUAGCAGCACUUGGGUUCUUUUUCAAAAACUGUUCCUUACAUACAUUGUUUUUGUGUUUAAACCUAAAUACAGGCAGUUUUGUGCCAGCUGUGAUGUUCUACACACCAUAUGGACCAUUUUAAGGAAACUUUUCACAUUUCAAAUAGAUUCACCAAUUAUAUUGCAUUACUUGCUUUAGCAUUUUAAGACACACUUGUAUUCACAUUGCUGUAGGUUUUGCAACUAGGUGUCUGCUAAAAGUUUUUUUCCUUCUUUCAAACCUCUCUGAUAUCUCACUGUACAGAUCUAUAAAACGCUGGGUUCAUGUACAUUGCAGGGAAGUUUCUUUGAUGGA